AUGACGGUCUACAUAGCUUCCCUCUUCCUUCCAUACACCAUUGACUUCAAAGCUACGGAGUUGAGGCAUGCUCGUCGCAAAUCUUCUACCAGCAGCCACCACAGCAACAAUGGUGUCAUUGGACGGCUGGCUGAAGCUCGCCAGCGAGGCCACAAGCAUUCUGUCAGCUUGUCGAGGACUCCUGGUGCGACAACAGACGAUGAGAAGAUCUUCAAGCCCUACAUCUCCCGAUCUGCAAGCGAGAUUCCUCAGGCAGAUGAUCCUAAUGGUCCAGGCCUAAGUGAGCCCAGAACCGUUCCUUGGGGUCAAAGCCGGAAAUUCAAUCAGCCCCGAUCCACAGCUCAGAUUCAUCUCACUCCCUCCAUCCUGAGCCGCCCGGAGGGAGGAGAUGAAUCGACCAAUAACGAUGUUCCUCCUGCGACUCCAGAUUCUGAAGAGGAUCAUGGAAGCCCACGUGCGUUGCUAUCGAUCGACGACUGGGUUGUCAAAGCCGCAGAACAGGGCAACGGGGGCCUGCGCAAUGGAGUCUAUGCCGCUGAGGAAGCGGGUAUCCUCACUGACAAAAUGUGGGUGGGUACCUUGGGCAUGCCCACAGACUUGCUCAAGGAUGAAACGCUCGCCAGUAUUUCCGAGACACUCCAGGAUGAGUACGAGUCGAUUGCCGUCUUUGUGGGUGACAGCGAAUUCGAAGGCCACUAUGCCCAUUUCUGCCGCGCUGUCUUGUGGCCAGCUUUCCACUAUCAGAUGCAGGAGAGUCCCCGACACACCGAGUACGACGACUAUUCCUGGAAGCAAUAUGUCAAGGUCAACGAGGCCUAUGCUGAUACCAUUGCCGCUCGCUGGCGCCCGGGCGAUAGCAUUUGGGUCCACGACUACCAUCUUCUUCUCCUGCCAGGGAUGCUGCGGGAGCGGAUUCCUCAGGCAGAGAUCGGCUUCUUCAUGCAUGCUGCCUUCCCGUCUUCGGAAGUGUUCCGAUGCCUGAACCCUCGCAAUGCCCUGCUGAACGGGUUGCUCGGCUCCGAUUUCAUCGGUUUCCAGACAGACGAGUACUGUCACCACUUCCUUCAGACAUGCAGCCGUCUCCUCAGUCUCGAGGUGACGGUCGACGGCGUUCAACUCCAAGAUCGCUUUGUUCGUGUGAAGAGUAUACCCAUCGGGACCGAUGUCAAAGCGCUUGAUGAUCUACGACAAAGCCCGGAAGUGAAAGACUGGAUUGCAAAUAUCACGUCAAGGUACAGUGGAAAGCACCUGAUUGUCGCGAGAGACCGUCUCGAUGCACCAGGUGGGAUCAAGCAGAAGCUUCUGGCCUACGAACUGUUCUUGAAGAAGUAUCCCAAGUGGAGAGAAAAUGUCGUCCUGAUUCAAAUCGCCUCGGCGUCUGAAAUGCCAGAACUUGAAUCGCAGAUCUCGAAGGUUGCGACUCGGAUUAAUUCCAAAUACUCGUCGCUCACCCAUCAGCCGCUCGUGCUCCUAAGUCAAGACAUCAGCUACUCUCAAUUCUUGGCUUUGAUGAGCGUCUCGGAGAUAUUCAUGGUCACGAGCUUGCGUGAGGGGAUGAACCUGACGUGCCAUGACUAUCUUCACUGUCAGGACGGCAAAGUGACAUCCCAAACCCAUGGCUCUCUCAUCCUGAGUGAGUUCACCGGCAGUGCCUCGAUCUUCACUGGUCACGAAUUCCUCGUCAACCCAUGGGAUUAUAGGGAAGUCGCAGACGCGAUUAACAAGGCACUCGAGAUGUCCGCUGAGGAGAAGCAACGAAAUUGGGAGUUUUUGCUUGAGAGGAAGGCCCCACACUCUGCCGUCGCCUGGUGCAACUCAUUCGGAACGACGCUUUCCGAAGCUCACAGCGCGCAACUCUCCCGCGAACUCAGUCUCGUUUCGACGCUUUCAGUGCCUUCGCUGAAGGAGUCGUAUGAGGCGGCAGGCCUGCGGCUUUUCUUCCUUGAGGACGACGGAACACUCGGCCCUGCCACCCCUGACGCUCUCGAGACGAUGUCCGUGCUGGAAACCCUCCUUCAAGACCCCAAGAACCGAGUGUACAUCACCAGCAACAAGAGUCCGGAACAGCUUGAAGCACGGUUCGAAGCGGUCUCCGAGAGAAUCGGCUACAUCGCCGAGAACGGUUGCUUCAAGCGAGAAAUCGGAACAACCCAAUGGAAGCCGCUGGUGGACAUGGAGAGAGCGAAGGACUGGCGUAGCGGCAUCCGCCGCGUCAUCCAAUACUACCAGGAGAGAACCGACGGCAGCGUCAUGGAAGAGCGUCGCUGCCUGCUGACCUUCUGGUACGAUCAAGCCCACGACCCGGAGAUCGCCGCGCGCCAGGCCUCCGACCUCGCCGACCAGCUCAACGGCACGCGCGGCAACGAGGCCAUCCGCGUCGUCCUCACGGAGGGCACGGUGAGCGUCGAACCCCUGGACGUCACCAAAGCUAAGGCCGCGGAAUCCAUCCUUGAAAACCUGCCACAGACCCCUGACUUCCUCCUCGUGGCGGGCGGCUCCCGCGGCGACGAGGCCCUCUUCCGUUGGGCCAACCGCCUCCAUCUUGACGAGAAGAUCGCGCACGUCGCCACCGUCACGGUGGGUGUUCACGCCACGGAAGCUACGGCCGUACUGCCCACCGGCAUGAGCAUCGCGGAUGUUGUCAGCGAUCUGACCUCCGCGUCGGCGAGCGUAAAUGGCCACGCGCCGGUGGUAAACGGGGAAGACGCCGCGAUCGUGGAUGGAGAAAACUCGACGAUCGUGAACGGAGAUGAGGCAGUGAUCGUGGAGAAAGAAGACGCAAUGAUCGCGAAUGGGGAAGACGCAACGAUCGUCGUAAAUGGAGGAACCUCCUCCACGAUCGCCACCGGGGGAAAAGAAGACGCAAAGGUCGCGAACGGAGACGAUGCAACAAUCGUCGUAAAUGGCGAGACCUCCUCCACGAUCGCCAACGAAGAAGACCCGACCCCGACUCCACCCUCGUGA